AUGUCCUUUCCACCGCACAAUUUGUCUGCGCCUUUCAACUUCGCCAAGGAGGAAGAGAAGGUCAUCGCAUACUGGAGAGAGAUCGAUGCCUUCCAGACAAGUCUGAAGCUCUCGGAAGGAAAGCCCGAGUUUACGUUCUACGACGGACCUCCGUUUGCUACUGGUCUUCCGCACUACGGACAUUUGCUUGCAGGGACGAUCAAGGACAUCGUUACAAGACAUGCACAUGCGAGCGGACACCAUGUCAUCCGCCGUUUUGGCUGGGAUACCCACGGUCUCCCCGUUGAGCACGAGAUCGACAAGAAGCUCGGCAUCACCUCCCGCGACGAUGUCAUGAAGAUGGGUCUCGACAAAUACAAUGAUGAGUGCCGUGCCAUCGUCAUGAGGUACGCUUCCGAAUGGCGCCACACCGUUGAGCGUAUGGGGCGCUGGAUCGACUUCGACAACGAUUACAAGACGUUGAACACGAGCUUCAUGGAAUCCGUCUGGUGGGCGUUCAAGCAGCUGCACGAGAAGGGCCAGGUCUACCGCGGUCUCCGCGUCAUGCCGUACUCUACUGGAUGCACAACUCCUCUCUCUAAUUUCGAAGCAAACCUGGCAUACAAGGACGUCAACGAUCCCGCGGUGACCGUCGCGUUCCCCCUUGUAGAUGACCGCUCUACCUCGCUUCUGGCGUGGACGACCACCCCCUGGACUCUCCCGUCGAAUCUUGGACUCUGUGUGAAUCCCGAUUUUACCUACAUCAAAAUUCACGACGAGGAGCGUGACCAAAACUUCAUCAUCUACGAGGGUCUGCUCAAGACGCUGUACAAGGACCCCAAAAAGGCCAAAUUCAAGAAGCUCGCUAGCUACAAAGGUGUGGAUAUGAAAGGCUGGAGAUAUGUCCCGUUGUUUGAGUACUUCACGGAGCAGUUCGAGGACAGGGCGUUCCGUGUCUUGAAUGACCAAUAUGUCAAAGCCGACGAGGGCACCGGCAUCGUUCACCAGGCUCCCGCCUUCGGUGAGGACGACCAUCGUAUCGCCAUCGCGCACGGCGUCCUGCGUCCUGAGGACAUGCCGCCUUGUCCCAUCGAUGACGCCGGUCGGUUCACGUCGCAAGUCCCGGACUUCCAAGGCCAGCAUGUCAAGGCUGCGGACAAGGAGAUCCAGAAGGUGCUGAAGGCGAAGGGACGUCUCAUCGUCCAGUCCACUGUGAACCAUUCAUAUCCCUUCUGCUGGAGGUCCGGCACUCCCCUCAUCUACCGGGCCAUCCCAGCAUGGUUCGUCCGCGUUCAGCCUAUCGUCGACCAGCUCGUCGCCAACAACAGCGCGACGCGAUGGGUACCGCAGCAUGUUGGUGACGGCCGCUUUGGGAACUGGAUCGCUAACGCGCGCGACUGGAACGUCUCGCGGAAUCGGUACUGGGGCACGCCCAUCCCUUUGUGGGCCAGCGAGGACAUGGAGGAGAUCGUCUGCGUAGGAUCCGUGGAGGAGCUGGAGACGUUGUCCGGGGUCAAGGGGAUCACCGACCUCCACCGCGACAAGAUCGACCACAUCACCAUCCCGUCGAAGAAGGGCAAGGGUCAGCUUAAGCGGGUCGAGGAAGUCUUCGACUGCUGGUUCGAGUCAGGUAGUAUGCCCUAUGCGUCCAAUCACUAUCCCUUCGAGAACAAGGAGCUGUUCGAGAAUACAUACCCCGGGGACUUCGUCGCGGAGGGCAUCGACCAAACUCGUGGAUGGUUCUACACCUUGCUCGUGCUUGGAACUCACCUCUUUGGCAAGGCGCCAUGGAAGAACCUCAUUGUUUAUGGUCUCGUGCUUGCAGAAGACGGCCGGAAGAUGAGCAAGAGUUUAAAGAACUACCCCGACCCAAUUCACAUCAUCAAUCAGUACGGCGCGGACGCGACACGCAUGUUCCUGGUGAACUCCCCGAUCGUCCGCGGCGACAACCUUCGCUUCCGCGAGGCAGGCGUCCGCGAAGUCGUCUCCCGCGUCCUCCUCCCCUGGCUCAACUCCUUCCGCUUCUUCCUCGGGCAGGCCGCCCUCCUCCAGAAGACGACUGGCCGUCGGUUUGUCUACCACGCUCACGCGAAGCUCUCGUCUAACGUCAUGGACCGAUGGAUCCUCGCGCGUUGCCAGUCACUCAUCCGCCUCGUGCGCGAGGAGAUGGCGGCGUACCGAUUGUAUACGAUCAUCCCACGUUUACUCGACCUAGUGGACGAGCUGACGAACUGGUACAUCCGCUUCAACCGGAGACGACUGAAGGGGGAGGAUGGCGAGGAGGAUACUGUGGCUGCUCUAAACACCCUCUUCGAGACGCUGCUUACGCUGUGCCAGACGAUGUCCUCAUACACACCCUUCCUGACUGAGAACAUUUACCAGGGUCUUCGAGAGUUCAUCCCCGAGGCCCCCAAGGCCGGCGACGUCCGUUCCAUCCAUUUCCUACCGUUCCCCGAGGUCAAGGAGGAGUACUUCGACGAGGUUAUCGAGCGCAGAGUGAAGCGCAUGCAAACCGUCAUUGAGCUCACCCGCGCCGUCCGCGAGCGGCACAACCUCUCGCUAAAGACGCCGCUCCAGGAGCUCCUCGUCUUCCACGCAGACCCGCAGUACCUCGAGGACGUCAAGGAGCUCGAGCGCUACGUCCAGUCAGAGCUCAACGUCCGCGACAUCGUCUUCACCUCGGACGAGGCCGCAGCGGGGGUCAAGUACCGCGCAGUCGCGGACUGGGCCGUGCUAGGGCGCAAGCUCCGCAAGGACCUCGGCCGCGUCAAAAACGCGCUUCCGAACGUGCCGAGCGAUGGCGUGCGCAAGUACGUCGAGACGGGCAAGCUCACUGUAGACGGCAUCGAGCUUGUUGCGGGCGACCUCGCCGUGCAGCGAUACAUCGAGCUGCCUGAGCAGGCGCAAGGCGGCGACGCGACGCACGCGACGAACACGGACAAUGAGGUCGUCGUCAGGCUCGACGUCACUGUGCACCCCGAGCUGCAGACGGAGUACCUCGCGCGGGAGUUCAUCAACCGUGUGCAGAAGCUCCGGAAGCGUGCGGGUCUGCAGGCGACGGACGACGUCGAUGUGUACUACGCGUUCGAGGAAGGUGCCGGGGACGACCUCCGCGCGGCCGUCGAGGCGUACGCUGAGACGAUCCAGAAGACUACGAGGAGCGUGCCGAGGAGUGUGUCGGAACGUGGGACAGACAGGAAGGUACUUACGGAGGAGGAGCAAGAGAUCGCAGAUGUGAAAUUCACGCUUUCUUUGGCGUGGCGAUAG